AUGUCCAAGCUGGGAACCAAGAGCAUGAGGGAUGGAGAGACAGACAUGUCCUGCAAUGGACAAGCCGAAAAGAGCCCUUUUGGAUCAAGAGAAGAAGAAAACAAGCAGAAAGUGGAACUCAAGCAAAUAAUUGUGUGGAGGAAUGUCAUCCUAAUGGCCUUGCUUCACAUUGGGGCUGUGUAUUCCCUUCUUCUCAUUCCCAAGGCCCAUCUGUAUACUCUGAUCUGGGCAUACAUAUGUUUCCUGAUGUGCGCCUUGGGGGUGACAGCAGGUGCCCACCGCUUGUGGAGUCACAGAUCUUACAAAGCCAAACUGCCCCUGCGAAUAUUUUUGGCUGCAGCCAAUUCAAUGGCAUUUCAGAAUGAUAUUUUUGAAUGGGCUCGAGACCACCGGGUGCAUCACAAGUACUCCGAGACGGAUGCUGAUCCCCAUAAUGCCCAGCGGGGUUUUUUUUUCUCCCAUAUUGGCUGGCUCUUUGUUCGGAAGCAUCGUGAUGUCAUUGAGAAGGGGAGAAAACUGGAUUUCAGUGAUUUAUUGGAGGAUCCGGUGGUGAGCUUUCAGAGAAAGUACUAUAAAAGUUCAGUUGUGUUGAUGUGUUUUGUCAUUCCUACUAUCUUGCCUUGGUAUCUCUGGGGCGAGAGCUUGUGGAAUUCAUACUUCUUGGCUUCAAUUCUCCGCUACACCGUCUCCCUCAAUGUUGCUUGGCUGGUCAAUAGUGUUGCUCACAUGUAUGGAAAUAGGCCAUAUGACAAAGGCAUCAACCCUCGGCAGAAUACCUUUGUCACUUUCGGAGCUAUUGGAGAAGGUUACCAUAAUUACCACCACACCUUUCCAUUUGAUUACUCAGCCAGUGAGUUUGGCUUGAAAUUCAACCCAACCACGUGGUUCAUUGACUUCAUGUUUUGGUUGGGUUUGGUCACUGAGAGGAAGCAAGCACCCAAUGAGAUGAUCCAAGCUCGCAAAGAGAGGACUGGAGAUGGUACUUCUUGA